AAGGCAGUGCAGUUUGUCUGUGCUCCUGCCUGUUUUUGGGACUAGAAUAUUUUUCAUGGGAAUUUGAAUGUCUCCAGGGCAAAAGUCUUUGUGAAUAGGAUUAUAGGCUGUGGAAAAAGAUAUGAUAAUUUCCUCUGAAACCUUGUAAGCAUGUAAAGAGGGAAUAUUUGCUGUCUCUGUGUACUGCGUGUCACCAGACAAGUUGAAGUGAGUGUUUAAGUUAGUGUUUUCAUGGGGCAUGGAAUUUAAUGAUGGAGACUAUGGAGUGCAACGGAACUAAUGAUCUGUCAGAUCUUGUGCUCCUUUACACCAAAGAUGACUUCACGUACAAUACAAGCAACAGCCACAAGCAGGAGGUUUCAUCAGGCUUCGAUACCCUGCUGAAGCGUGGCUGGGAGGCCGCCAUGGAAGCUGGCAUAUUCAACUAUAAGGUCGAUAAUGUCGAGACCAAAAUCAUAGCAGGAAAAUACCACAUAGUGGCUCAGAUGAAUCCGAACCGCUCUAAAUUAAGAAGGAAACCGGAUGAGAUAGUAAGCGUCUCGCAGCCAUUCGAUCCCAAAAGGUUUAAUUUCACGAAGAUUAAGAACGAAGAGAUUUUAAUGAACCUUCAUUAUGGCCUGUCUAAUGAAGAGGAAGAAAAGGUACCUCAGGACCUGAAGUACGAUUUAGAAGCGACACUCUUGAUCAACAAUGCACCGAUCUGCUAUGGCCACAGUCUCUUGGUGCCGUUCUUGGACGAGUGUCGACCGCAGGUACUGGACUACGAGAGCCUGAUCAUAGGCAUCCAUUCUGUCUUAUUGUCAAACACGCCGAAUUACCGAUUAGCUUUCAAUUCCCUGUGUGGGUAUGCUUCUGUCAACCAUCUUCAUUUUCACCUCUAUUACCUACCACACCGAUUGUACGUAGAAGAUGCGGAGUGUGAAUUGCUAGCUGGGCCUUGCUAUGCCUUUAAGGAUUAUCACUCUCCUGGAUUUGUGUUCUUCCUCAAAGAUGGAGCUGUUGAGGAACUAGCAAGAAACUUAAUGAAGAUUGCGAAGAUAUUUAUUGAGAAAGGAGUAGCUCACAAUAUGUUUGUGACUCGAGGAGUGUCUCCAAAUGGCAAUAUAAAGGGAGAUACUUUUGACACUGUUCGAGUGGUUGUUUGGGCACGAAAGCCUUCUUAUGGCAUUAAGGAUGUGUCUGUAUUUGCUCCAGCUGUUUGUGAGCUAGCAGGUCAUGUCCCUGUUUACUCUCCUGCACAUUGGGAGAGCAUAAAGGAGGAAGACUUUACCAAGAUCACCAACAUGGUAUCUGAGGAAAUGUUCCAAGCCCUCAAACCCAAGAUUGCAGAGUUGUUUUCAACAACCGAACCAUCCACCUGACUUCCCAGUGGAAAAAAAUAUAUGAAGUGAUGUGCAACUUGUUUUUUGAUGUACAGUUAGCCCUCCAUGUUCAGUGUACCCUCGCUGUUUCGCAAAUAUUGGGACCAAAGAGUGCCAUGAAGAUAAUAGAAGUGGAAUCGUAUCCUGAUUUCACCGGGCUUUCAGUGUGAAGUAGAGAAUGUAGACUGCACUUUAUAGCUAAGUGGUAUAAUUCAUGGCAUUGCAAAGUAGAGUCCAUAAAAAAUAAAAUAAAAUAAAAAAUAAAAAUAUAAAAAAAUCAACAAGGGAUCAUGAAACGGCAUGGGUCUACUCCACAAGUUCAUUUUCUUACACACAGUUCAAAUUGCUGUGCAUCUAGAUCCUUCCUCAUUUACACAUGGAGCAGAAUACUUUGCAGGAAUAGAAGCACAAUGAUCCACCCAUCUCCACAUGACACAGAUCCACCUCUUACACAGAUCACCAUUCCACUUGAUGGCACAGGCAUGAAGACCCAUUCACAAAUAAACAACAGUGUCGUGGCUCAUUCUUUGAAUUACAGUGUAGCAGUGUGUUCUGAUCAAGAAUAAAAAGACAGGUAAAAUAUACAAACAAUCAGUAAUAAUGAUUGAUAAGUAGUUUUUGAGGAAUAUUGGUUGAGUGAAAUAAAUGCAUUAUUGGCAGCCAGAAUUUGCAAUAUUUGCAGUUGUUUUGAUUGUUGUAUACCUUCUGGUUGUUUUUAUUGGAUAUAACUACUAUUUUCCUUUUUAUGAUGUUCAGCAUAAUUUGUUUUACCUAUUUUUCUUUCCAAUCAAUUUAUACAAUUUUCUGUCAGUUUACAGUGAAAAAGUACAAUUCUUUGCUGUAAUAGUCUGCAGUGAAUCUAUUUUAACAAUAAUCACUAUUAGCAUUGUCAUUUUGUAUGAUUAUAAUUGUUAUUGUUAGCUAUUCAUUAUUUUAUUUUUUUAUUGUUACUGUAAUUCUUGUUAUUACCAUUAAUAUUAACACACCACUGCCUCACAUCAGCUGUCAUUGCAGGCUGUUUUAUACAAAGUAACAAGGAACCAAACACACAGUAACUGUAUCUAAAUGUUAUUGAUACCUCUCAUGAAUGUGUAGUGUGUAGUUUGAUGUGAUAUUUAUUAUUGUUUAUUCACUUCUAGAUUUUGGUAUAUAUUUGUGAUUUAGAUAUGCCAUACGUUUUCUAGUAAUGUAAACACAGUGCAGUAGGAGGGCUGACUAUUUUUUUAUUCUAUUUAAUGACCUAGUAUUUAGUCAAGAUAUAUAUAUAUAUAGGAAGGUGAGUGUGUAUAUAUAUAUAUAUAUUUAUCAUAGAUCUUUAUUUAUUUAUUUUAUUCUGAAGCUAGAUAUAUUUUUCAGUAUCUCAAUGAUGUGAUGUUUGUAAGCCUUUGUGACAACGAAAGCUGUUUUUUUGUUGUUGUUUUUUUGUUUUGUUUUUUUAAUUGUCUUGUGUGUCAUUUCUGCACACUGAUGUAUUGUGAUGAAUUUUAGAGUAAAGACUUCACUAAGAGUAAA